GACUCCUGGGGCCUGCCAACAACCAAAAUGUCCAAAGGGCCUCUGAUUCUCUGGCUGGUGAUUGAGCUCCAGCGGCUGUAUCUGACUCCAGCUGUAUCAGAGAGUGUCGUGAGAGCGUUUUGGGGUCAGUCGGUGACUUUGCCCUGUACGUACUCAUCCUGGUCUCCUAAGAGCAACAGCAUGUGCUGGGGCAAAGGCCAGUGUCCCAACUCCAAAUGCAAUGAUGAGCUUCUCUACACCGAUGGGAGAAGGGUGGUCUCGAGGAAGUUGCCAAAAUACCAACUUCUGGGGAAUAUCCGGAGAGGGGAUGUCUCCUUGACCAUCUUCAACACCAACGAAGGUGACAGUGGUGUGUACUGCUGCCGCAUAGAGGUGCCUGGCUGGUUCAACGAUGUGAAGAGGAACAUCCGCCUGGAGCUGAGAGGUCCCACGACCAUGCGCUCAACAACCACCCAUCGCUCAACAACCACCCAUCGCUCAACAACCACCCAUCGCCCAACCACCGCCGCCACCACCGCCGUGAUGACAACCACAGCUGUGCUUCCAACAACCACAGUCGUGCCUACACCUGACCUGCCAGCCACACCACAGCUUCAGAUGAGAACUGCUGCUGCACUCACCACCACGGCAGCCACAUGCCCUCUGACAACACAGGAGUCCCUUCGUGAGGAAGACACGAUACUUCUGACCCUUGAGCCUUCCACAGAAGGGCCCAUCCUCACUGCAGACUCAGAAACUGUCCUUCUCCCUAGGACCUCUCAGAGAAGCACUGAGGCGACUUCUGCAGACACUGCCUUACUCACAUCCAAAGGGUCUAAAAGUUGGGUUCUCCAGUCAACACGCCAGGCAUUGAUGCGGGAAGCGAGUGACUCGGUGGUUUCUCAGCCAAGAGCAUCUGAGACACCAUUUCUUGUGCAAAAUGGAUUUGAAUCAGAACAGAUAAAAAUGACCAACAACUACAACCUGCUCAUGAUCAUUGCUCCCUCCCUGGGAUUUGUGCUGUUGGCAUUGCUUCUGGCAUAUUUCCUUCGAGGGAAAGUCAUGAAAACCAAUUGUGUCCAGAAACACACCAGGCUAGACAGUGCUGGAGAAGGUAAAAAUGUACUCGACGAAAGAGAAAAUGAAGAUGGUCUUUUCACACUCUAAAGUGCCCCUUUCUCUUAGGAUUGAGGAUGAGGAUACGAUGUGUGAAUUAUCAAAAUAAGUCUUAGAAUUUUUUUUUUUAAAAACCAUCUGUUGCCUUGGUGUCACUGAUCCAGUCUUGCCUUAGUUUCACAAGUGAAAGUUACCUUAGAGACCACACCUUCUCAUGGUUUAAUCUCUGUAGCAUCACUGCUAAGUGAUCUUCCACAGUAUAAUUGAACACCUUCAGUGAUGGUGAACUCACUGUCACACCCAAGGAAGUCCAUUCAAUCUCAGGGCACUUCUGAGACUUAGAAAUAUUUAGAACAAAGUCUGUGUCCAGAUAGCAUCUGCCUGCUGGUCCUAGUUGAACUCGUGCUUACACAGAACAGGUCUAAACUCUCUUCUACCUGGUAGCAGUGCUCCAGAUACUGAAAGGAGAACCUCAUGUUUCUCUAAAUUGCCUUGUUUCUGGAACAUGAUCUCUGGUCCCUUCCCUACCCUAGUUGCCUUUGCCUUGCAUGCAUUUGUAUCUCUCCUUUUAUGCCCAGCUUGAAGAAUUCAGUGCCCCACUCUGGGUAUGGUAUGAGCAUCCCUGUGUUAUUGAAUGUCGUCAAUAACAUAUUGAUGAUAUAUUAUGUAUUGACUGUCAUCAAUAAUGCAGGAAACGACAUGGAAUCACACCAUCAUUUUGACUCCCCUCUAAAAUGUCUAGGUUUUCUAUUAUUUUCUGUUCACACCUGAGUAUCUUUAGAGGUGACCAUAGUGUCACAUCUUAAUUCUUGCUUGGGGAAUUCAAUGUUGGAAACAGCCAAGAGUUCAUCAGAGUAAAUUGUGGCGAAUGACAUGGAUGUUCAAACAGGGCCGGCACAUGGAUGUGACAGUGAGUCGGUCCGGAUCAGUUUCUCUAAAUAAAGUUCAUGGGAAUUGACUCCUCAAUAAGAAUAGGUUUAUUUAAACCUUCUUUGAGAGCUAGUAGCAUGAGGAACCAUGGGAGAGAAGUUAAAACAAGCAGUUGAUGACUGAAUGGAAAGAAUGUGCACCUGAGUGAGAGGCCUCUGGUUGGGCAGAA